GAUAGCGAUACCAUAGUUUUAUUUUAUAUAAAAUAAAAGGUUUUGUCGCAAAAUCUAUCAGAUCCUCACUUAUUAUUUAACUGUCAACACCCUAGUUUUGAUAAAUGCAUAGAGAGAGGCUGUCUACUAGUACUGGUGUAUAUUCUGCAACAAACUUUGAAAAUUUAUAGGUUUUCUGGUUAUAAUUUGUAUUGUCCUUUACGUGUGACUUAGCCGGGCUUCUUUUUAAACAUGAAUUUAAAUCGAGAUAAGGAGGCCCAUGGAGGCUCUCCAAUUCCGAACGCCAUGCUCAAAGACAAGACUCUAUCCAAGCAAUAUUCGUCAGAGGACGACGGCCAACUUUCUGGAAAAUCCGGUUUGCAUCACCAAAUCCCACCAAGCGGGUCUAAAGCUCUUGCGCAGGAAUUGCAGAAAGUAAUUUCUCCUGAAAACAAUAAACCUCGAAGUGCUGGUACCAAACCAACACUCCCACCACCUGCACAGCCAAAAGCUCCGAAGUUUAGCACAGACGCUAUAGGAACCGUCUUGAGCCAGCAACAGUUAUCAGUCAUGUCACUCCCUCGAGUGCCUAGCAGGUCGAGCGUAGAAGGACCGAAUGGUGUAUUCAGCGCUAAGGGCAAGUUUGGGCUGCAAAGCAGAACGGGGGCGCCGUCGUCCAGAGAACUCCCGACAGUUCCUGUUCCUAUUCCGACAGGUACUUCUGGUACUCCGAGCAAGAAACCUCCUUCUGGUGAGGAAAAUGCAUUUCACCUCUCAUCGCAGCAGAGUCAGUCAGACGUCUACAAUUCCCCAGUUCAGGAGCCUCGCCUGUAUACCCCUCAACCUGCGACGACUCCUGCCGGCGCUCAGGAGUCUCAAGAAAAAGAAAAGAUGAAAGAGUUCUUUGCACAAUUCGAAUCAAAACUGCAAGAAUUAAGUCAAUCUAACGAGUUGGCAAAAACAGAUUCUUCGGUCCCAGAUGUCGAGUUGGAAAAAAUUAGCUUUAUGCUAACGAAUGAGACAAUUCAUCCCACUGCAAGUACCCCUAAUUUUGUGAGAGAAGCCCUGCAAGUCAUCAAGGGUGAAUAUAAGCAUAUAAUAUAUCCCUCUUCCGAACAGGGCACAUCUCUUAGCGCGAAGGCGCUCGGUGCCUUGGGGGAAUCAGAUAACGUUGUUGCUUCAGAGAACAUUCAGGUGCCGCCGUACACACCGUGUAUAUCUUUGUUUGAGCCGAAAUGUGCUGCCAAACCGGGCCAGGAAGAAGCGAAACCGGGGGCCUCGGCUGACAGCUCAUCCGAUAAAUCGAGGGCAGGGAGCGUGGAGGGGAUUCACAUCGUUGAAAAACUGUUUUCUAUUGACCAAGAAGAGCGUAAGCAACAGCAAAGAGAGUUGAUGAACAACAUCUGCUUGUUUAGGUACGACAUUUUCAAGUUUACGAGUCAUCGACUGUCUAUACCUGGUGGCGCUACCACACUAUCUCCUGCAUCCCCUUCGAGACCACUCUUUCCCUAUGUCCCGGCCAACCGUCUCUUGAUCCAUGUGAAGAGUCUCAACUGGUCGUAUGUUGGAAACAACGAUCAGAUAUACGUCACGAUGGCGUUAUACGACAUUGAGCAGCGCAUCAAGCUUACCGAGACGGUUCAGUUUGACUUUCUGGAACACCUCGAGGAUCCGACUUUGAAGGCACAGCUACACGAACCGGACCUCAUGAAAAAGUUUAACCAAUUUCUCUUACAAUUCAGCUAUCGAAGCCCCUAUAUUUAUAUUCUCGUACGUCUGAAGACAAUUCUCAAAGGAGAUUUGGAUGAAAUAACGUCGUUUUACACGGAGACAUCUCCCCUCAGCAACAAGGAGCGCAUGCAUCUGCAAAGGUUGACGUGUACAGCGAAUGAGAAGCUUUACCCCUUCACGCAAAAUUUUGCAUGGGGUGCUGCCCAGGUCUUCAAUGAUAAGGGAAACCUGCUUAUACAUGACAGCACGAAUAUCAAACUGUACAAGGUGAAGCCGGUGCUGGAUGAGAACUCUUUUUACGAGCACAUGAUGAAUCCAGAAAAGCUGAAAGUCUGUCGGCCUCUUGAAGGGUUCCUGACCUUGUCUGGAUAUUUUUACACACCCGAAAAAUACAAGCUUCAGCACGUUCUGAACGUCAACAACGUGCCUUACUUGGAUUACGAUAUUGUGGAGAAGAACUUUAACGCCGCGGCUUGUUCGAACCGAACCGUUAUUACAGAGCCUAUAAAGGAACUCAAAGAAUUCGAGCAGCCGUUUCAUCCCCCCUAUACGCGUGCCGCGUACGAGAACAAUUUGUACGUCUACGUUAGGAACAUCAAUGUAGCGACGAACAAGGUCAAGACCAAGAGCGCCGCCAUACGCGUGUGGCUUUUAGAGACGGAGGGCAAUCCGGACACCGCUUCGAUACCGGCUAUUUACACUCCCCAGGGAACGUUUGCGAGGUAUUACAUAACCACGAUUGAUUAUGGGGAGAGAAACUCUGUGUGCACGGACGAGAUCAAGAUAAAUUUGCCGCUUGUACUGACAGAGAAGCAUCACUUGCUUUUCCAAGUACUUUCUGCUAAUCAGAAGAUCAUCAACCCCAAAAAAAAGAUAAGCAAUUCGUACACCUUGGUGGGACAAUGCUUCCUUCCGCUUUACAAGGCCUGUUGCUUUAAGAGCGAUACGACCUACGUACUUAAAGUGCUAGCUCCGCCUCUCAACGGCAUAUUCGCCGAUAAGCUGUAUUUGAUAGAGCCCCCCGAGAAUUAUGUGGAUGAAGAGAAGUUUACGGUCACUGUGAGCACUCAUCUUUCUUCUUUGAUUUAUACUGUGAACGAGCCCUUGGCGACAUUCUACUUCAACGUGAAUAAGUCUGGUCCUGAUUUUUUAAAGGCUUUGGAUGCGUUGUCCAAGGUCCCGGAUCGCAUUCUGUUGGCGAACUUUGUCAGCAUUCUCAAUCAGCUUUGGAAAAUUCUGCUGUCUGACACGUUGGACGAAUCCUACUUCGGCCAUUCCUUCUGUUCGAUUAUCGAGGUUGCCCUGAAGGUUUACAACUUGACCGCAGACGGCGAAAGCGUCAACAUCAGCGAAGAGUUGGUGAGCUACGCGGACUACCACUACGAUCCCAGCGAGUAUAGCAGUUUGUGUUAUGAGUUUAUUUGCGAGGCUUGGGUGUAUUUGCUGAACAUUUCAUCGAAGUUGGACAAGGCACAGGCUAGCAAGUCGAGCAUUAGCAACUUGACAACGGCGACGGUAUUGGACUUGAGUUGGUGGCUUUUUAGUCUGAUAAAACACAGCAUGGAGUAUAAGGUGAUCGUGCAGAACGAGGCUGGUUCGAAUUUGAGCCACCAGAAUCGUUUUUCGCUCAAGCUCAAAGAUGAUCUGACUACCAUUUUCCAGCUCUUCCAUUUCUAUCGUACCGUGUCGCCGGAGAAGUUCGUCUUUUCUAAUCGCUUCAUUGCGGCUUUUUGCCGGGACCUGUUGAGAAUCAUGGACAGGGGCUUUGUGUUGUCUUUGGUAUAUGUCUACAUAUCCGCACUCGACGAAGAUCCUUCGACCUUUGCCCUGAGAUUUGAGUUUUUAAAAAUUUUGUCUACGUACGAGCAUUACAUCCCGCUCAACUUGCCGGGCGUCGUCGAAUACAACAAUACAGAUCUAGUCCAUGCUCCCUACUUGUCGAGACAUUUCUUCAGUGGCAUGUACACCGAUGAGUUCAAGAGGAUCACGGCGUGCGAAGACACGCCCGAGAUUUCGGAUAUUCGACAGGCCGCGAUCAUCAGUUUCCGGAAUUUGAUUUGGAGCCACUGUACCGAUCCCAGGUACGCAGACAUCGAGAGCUACAAGCUGAUUGCCGGGAUUUAUUUCCCGUGGGCCAUCCAGAUGAUCACGAGCGGACAUCUCGUGCGACUGUACAAGAAGAUUUGCUUGAACGUUGGCAGCUUUUCCAAGAUGAUUACUCACGCGGCGGGCUCUGCGCCACCGGCGGACACUCAGGCCGCGUCGUCGGGGUCAGAGGCGGCGGAGGACAACAAACACGUCGCGGAAUUUAGAGAUUGGUGCGUCUGCAUAGUGUGGAUUCUAUGUUUCUGUGAUCGCGAGAAGCAUUUUUUGGCUUGGAAGAAUUGCGAAUCAAACAAGAACUUGGAGUGUUUUUUGGUGUUUUUGCGCAUUUGCAAUGCCUUUUUCUCUACUGAGUCGACCUCCCUACAGAACUUUUUUGUGUUUUUGACGUCCGAGUUGCUGGACCACUUUAUGGAGGGUUCGGAGGACAGGCUGUCCGAGAGCAGUAAUUCUGAGCUUUACGAGGCGCUGUCUCAAGUGGUUAUUCAGACCUUGAAGUUGCAGCGCAAUUUGCCACCUAUAUUUGCGAUGUUGAGAGUUGUGUCUCUGUACGUGCUUAGUCUGCCGACGCCUCUCUUUACUUACGAGUGGACGGACAUGAUAUGUUACGACCUUUGUUGUGAGAUUGUGAAGUUGUGCCACGCACAGAAGAUACCGAUCAUGUCGUUUGCGACGACGAUCUUGUACAUGAUGUUGCGAGAGAAUUACAGAGCGAGCGGUUCUUUUGCGCGACUGAAGCUCUAUUCGACGGUGGCGCUGAGCAAGAACGUGAAGGUGACUGGGUCCAACCAGAACGACGUGAUCAACGUUUUGAACGUGCUGUUGAAGUACGAGAAUCCGGAAGAUACUCCGGAUUUCGUGAGUCAGGUGCACACGCUGAUAGAACGACACAUUCGCAUAUUGCGCAAUACGAGGAAGGCGGUUACGAGUUCCAGCAAGUUUUCCGAUAGCAAAUUGGAGUACUACUACGCGGUCUCGAGUGAGCACGUGGACUGUCCGGACUUGCGCGUUCAGUGGUUGUUGGAGAUGAGCAAGUUAAAUGAAAAGACAGACAUGCUUGAAGAGGCAGCUCAUUGUCGUGUAGUCAUUGCUUGGCUCAUUUCGACCUAUUUGUACACGACGAAUCCUUCUGCUUAUCCGAGUCUCAGGCAUUUUCCGGACGAGUUGGCCCGAAUUACGCCUAUAAUUUCCCAAGAGGCGCCGCUUUCUUUGCUGUGGUACCAGAACUCCAAAAUUUUGUCGACAGACUUCACAGAGGACGGGCUGAUUACUUUCAUGACGAGCGCCACCAACCUGUUUCUGAAAUGUGAGAGCUACGAGCUCGCGGCGAGCGUUCUGCUAUUGCUGAGUCAGUUUUCUAUGGACACUCAUCGCUACGUCAGCGUGGGACAGUACGCCACUCAGAUCAGCGACUCGGCGACUCGAGCGCACCAGUGCAACCGCACCCAAUCGCGUUUCCAAUACAACUACUAUCGAGUUGGGUUUUACGGCAAAGGGUUCGGGGAGUUCAACGGCAAGGAAUACAUCUAUCGCGUGUCUCCGACUGAGCGUCUCGCCGACUUCACCAACAACAUCAAGAAGCGAUACGAGAUUGUUCUGGGUGCCGAUGCGGUGGAAAUUCUGAACAACCGCCCGAUUGUUAGCCAGAACCUUGACCAACAAAGGCAUUAUCUGCAAAUCGUCAAUUUGGAAAUUUACUUCGAAGCCUCGGAACUUCUGGACAAAGACAUCACGUAUUUGGACCGCAAUUCGAACUUGACUCGGUUCUACUACGAAACAGCCUAUUCUCCUGACGGCGGCCGCCCCUGCGAAGAGGUCGACAAGAUGUACAAACGCAAGGAGAUCAUUAUCAGCAAGUACCCGAUUCCUUGCAUUUUCCAGCGUAUCGAGAUUGCCGGAAAAGAAACCAAGACGCUCGGUCCCAUAGAGACUGCUAUUGACGUCCUGAUCAAUAUCAGCUACAAGCUUAAGCAGGCAUUGAACUGCACCCCUCCCAACACCAAGACCCUUCAAAUUCUACUUCAGGGCGCCAUUUUGACUCAAGUAAACGCCGGUCCCGCCGCCAUCAUACGCAAAUUCCUAGGUGAUGCGCAGCAAUAUCCGCCCAACUUGGUCGAGCAGCUGAAGGACCUCGUCAGGUCUUUCAUGCGAGCUUGUCAAUUUGGCCUACGACUGAAUGCAAAACUGAUACAAGAAGAGCCUGGCCUCGAGGCCCUUCACGUGGCCAUGAAUCAGGCGUUCACCCAGCUCAGAGACGAGGUUUCUAUGCACAUGGAUGUCUAGAGGAAAAUGUCUUACAAGAAACUUCUAUGCACGCCGCUGUGUUGCGUAUAGUGUUUCACUGCACACAUGCUGAAGGAUUUUCAUGCAUGUAGAGGGGAGAGGAUCAUCUCUUCAAAUAAAAGGCCCAGGGCAUUUCGAAAUCGCACUUGCGCAGCACACGGUGCUGAUGUGUAACAUGUUUUUGCGAGAGAGAGACCUUUGUGUGUGUGACUCGGUUUGAGCGCGGUGCAUUCGUUCUUGGUGUUGGUACGAGUUUUCUCCGUUUUUUUUUUUUUUUUCGCAAAGGCUUCCUUCGACCCGUCCCGUCUCUUUUGUGAAAAUCCUCCCAUAAACUGAGUGUCCAAACUUAAGACCUCGCGAAUUUGUCUUCUCAAA